AAAAGAAUUCGAAGGAUCUAUCACACGCUGUAUUUACAUUAUCAAUAAUAAUACAAAAACAAUAUAACAGCAAAAUUAACUGUUACCCUAUAACACUACGCCACUGGUAUGAUAUGUUGGUAAGUGAACAAGGCAACAGGGAUCGGAUACUACACACGUCGCUUUUGAAUGUCAAUCAAUAAUCAAAAUCAUACUUUUGUCCUUCCUUUUAAAUAGGACUCAUUGAUAUAACUAUCCGUAACUCUUCAAGCAGUCCGAAUUUCCCGAAAAUACUCUGGAAACAUCUAUUUCAUAUUCUGAUCUGACAUAUUUUCUCAGAAAAAUCACGAUGCUUAAGGGGAUGACCCGUAUAAAAUCGAAUAAUUAAAGGUCUUAUCACUCUACCAUCAAAUUAUUGACGUUUAUCCAAGUUCUGUUCUGUACUCUCCGUCUUCUUUUGUUUUAUAGGAAUUUUGACCUAGUUAACAUGAUACACCUUUGUUCAUCUCAACACUCAAGAUCGGAGUCAGAUUACAAUAUUCAAUCUUUUUAUUGUUUAAACAUGGCUCAAACGCCGCGGAUAAAUGACAAAACAUCAUUAUCUUCAAAACAUAUUUACAGAACGAUUACUUUCAACAAAAAGGCGGCUUCUUUACAGCCAAAUCCCAAGGUGACAUAAAGGCGAAAAUCGGGAGUUAUCGCCUUUUAACCUCACUGUUAUAAAACUUAUUUUUUUGUGUAUCAAAUGACGCUUCAUCUCGACCAAUCAAAACACGCAUAUCCCUGCUACAUCUGUCUUGAACCCCGUUUUUGCUGGUGCAGUGAAAAUUGUCAAAGGAUUUACAUGGGUAUCUCUAUACAUUUAUCCUAGAGAAUUAAAAUUAAAUUCAAUGAAAAAUAAAGAGGAAGAGAAGCUCCUGAGGAUUUCCAUUCAACCACCCUUGGAAAACAGUGAAAACAUGGCUACAUUCUACCCUUGGAAAUAAUGCUUUCUUCAUUGAUAGUGUUUCUCGAUUUUUUCAACGAAAAAAUGGCCUUAUUCGAGUUUGGAUGAGUGAUUUUCAGUGUUACAAAGGACCCUUCGAAAACUUCCUAAAGUUUCAAAUAUGCCUAAACAAAGACAAUAUCGGUGUAUCCGAUAACUCAUACAAAGAACAUUCCGUGCUAAUUUAUUUAAGUGAAUUUAAGUUCGAAUAUGUCGUAUUUAGAUAGAAAUUAACUGUGAGUGGUUUGUAAUUAAUUCUACAAGUGUGUUUUGGAAACAUGUCUCAGACUCCAUCGAAGCCUGGUCAAAAGAUGUGUAAGUCCCCGAAGAAUUCAACAAAUUUCCACAAUAUCAAGCAUGAUAAGAUCGAAUACGAAAGUUUAAGUACAAAUUGCACCGUAGUCGGUUCCAAUAACUUGAAUUUAGUGAAGAAGCCCCAGAUCGUUACCAGUAUGUCUCCAGCCUAUUCGAAUACAAAUUCGAGUCCGGUUUAUCCUGCGUCUCCAUAUUCUUCGCCUGCUAGCCUCAAGUCGCCAUCGCCAAGUUUGAAGCCCCCAACACCGCAACCUCAAACGUUUCCUGUGAUGCAGAUUAUCCACAACAACCAUCAACUUCUGGCAAGGCCUAUACAGCAACAACAGCAGAAUAUCAUAAAGCUCAAACCGCAUCUCAACAUUUUACCGAAGCCAAGUGGCAGCCCACAACCCAGUCCUAAGGCUAGUGUCAGUCCUCAAAUAAUGAUACCGACGAAUACCCAUCAACAAGCAACCCUGAUGCAGUCGGCUCAACCGUUACUGCUCAAUCAGAUGCCCAUGUUGGCAGCAACCCCCGGGGUGCAAUUCAUCCUAAAACCGCAGUCUGGGCCGAAAAUGCAAACGCACACUCCCCAGGGUUUGAUACUUCAGCAAGGCAGCCAGCAGAUUAUCCAACUUCAACAACCACGAUCUCAGCCUAUGGUUAGGGUGUUGACCAACAGCGUACAGCUGGCACCUAGCAACGCAGGACCGACUACUUACGUUCAAAUGAGCAAUAUCCCCAUGAACAAUUCCGGUACAGGCAUGUCGGGACAGGCUGCCCAACAGCACGCUCAGAACCAGAUGAAGAAGAAGCCAAAGGCUAAGGUCAAGAAGAGGUUGGAUCUGGCUAACUUGAUGAAAUUAUCCGGUAUCGGGGAUGAGGACGAUAUUCAGUUCGAGAGUGACACUUCGCAAAGCGAAAACGAGCACAAUCCGGGGUCCACCACACCCCAGCCGCAGCAACAGCAGAUUCAGAUGCAGGCGAGCACAAUCCAAGCCAACACUCUGCAAGCGCAGAAUAUCAUGCACCAGGCGGAUGGGAAGAAGUUGGGGAGUAUACAGAUUCAAGGGCUUGCCCAACCGACCAUUAAUACAGCAGCUACCCCUAUGGUCCAGGUAAGAAAUCAAUAAAAUUCGAA